AUGGGCAUCAUUACUCCCUCCUCUCUGUUGCUAUCCUUGGCAACGUUGGUCGCCUCACACGGCCAUGUUGACUGGCUAGUGGCUGAUAACGUCGCCUACCGCGGCUGGGACUCUCCUGCAUUCACCUACUCGCCUCCCACAUACCCGGUCGUCGGGUGGAAGAUCGAUGCCCCUGACAACGGUUUCGUCGAGCCAGUCAACUUUGGCACGGGCGAUAUCAUCUGCCACAAGAACGGAUCUCCCGCCGGCGGCCAUGCCACCGUUCCUGCGGGAGCCAAGAUCCAGCUCGUCUGGAACACAUGGCCCGAGUCCCACAAGGGCCCUGUGAUCGACUACCUUGCCAAGUGCAGCGGUAACUGCGAGUCCGUCGACAAGACCUCGCUGAACUUCUUCAAGAUCAGCGCCGGCGGCCUCAUCGACAUGUCGCUCUCGAACGGCAAGUGGGCCGACGAUGUCCUGAUGGCCAACAACUUCACGUGGACCGUCCAGAUUCCAUCGAACCUGGCCCCAGGCAACUACGUUCUCCGCCACGAGAUCAUCGCGCUGCACUCUGGCGGCAACGUCAACGGCGCCCAGGCGUACCCGCAGUGCUUCAACCUGCAGGUCACUGGCGGCGGCUCGCUCGCUCCGGCCGGUGUCAAGGGCACGGCUCUGUACAAGUCGGACGACCCCGGAAUCUUGUUCAACCUGUACACUUCGCCUCUAGUCUACCCGAUCCCCGGUCCGACUUUGGCGGCGGGCAUUUCGUCUUCGACUGCUGCUCAGAGCACCGCCCGGCCGACUGCGACAUCCAGCGCGACGGCCCCCGGAGGUGGCAGCGGAAGCAGCCCCACCACGGCCCGGACGACAACGGCGGCGGCCCCGGCUACCACGACCACUGCCAGGACCACCACUACCACAGCGGCAGGAGGAGGCUCCGGCGGCACUACCGUUCCCAAGUACGGCCAGUGCGGUGGCAUCGGAUACACCGGCUCGACGACUUGUGCUUCUGGCUCGACUUGCCAGGUUCUCAACGAGUACUACUCCCAGUGUCACAUGCCUCUGAUCCAGGAGAGAUGGGGCAAGUACGGCGUCAAAUCUUGGUCCGUCACGAAGUUCCAGCCUGGCGCAGAUGGAGCCAAGCCGCUGUACGCGUUCGGUUCGGUUGUGUACUGGGACAACUUGGAGCAGAUCAAGACGGCUUUUGGAGGCCCGGAGGUUGGGGAGAUCAUGGGCGACGUUGCCAACUUCUCGAACAAGGAGCCAAUCUUCCUCACUGGCGAAUCAUCGAGAGUCAUAAUGAGACUUACAACAAAAUCCAUACUAUGCGCCUUCGCAGGCCUGGCCACCGCCAACCCCCUCGACUGGCUCGGCAUCGCCUCCUGGGACGUCGAAGGCUACGCCAAAGACAACCCCCUCGGCAAGACCACCGGCGGCAAGGGCGGCCCAACGGUCACCGUCUCCACCAUCCCGGAGCUCCAGACCGCCGUCGCUGGCACGGAUCCCAGAACCGUCGUCUUGAAGGGCUCUCUCGAGCUGCCCGCGCGGCUCAAGGUCGGCUCCAACAAGAGCCUCGUCGGCUACAAGACCACGGCGCACAUCACCGGCAAGGGCGUCGACGUCUUCAACUCGACCAACGUGAUCCUGCAGAAUCUCAAGAUCAGUCAUAUCCUAGAUAACGACUGCAUCACGAUCCGCAACUCGACGCGGGUGUGGGUGGACCACAACGAGUUCACCUCGGAUAUCACCAAAGGCCCUGAUUUCUACGACGGCCAGGUCGAUAUCAUCCGCGCUUCAGACUGGAUCACCGUCUCUUGGAACUACUUCCACGACCACUGGAAGUCCUCGCUGGUCGGCAACGACGCCACCUUCCGCGACCUCGACUCGGGCCACCUGCACGUCACAUACCACCACAAUCACUGGCGCAACGAGGGCACGCGCGGCCCCGCGGGGCGCUUCGGCCGCCAGCACAUCUAUAACAACCUGUACGAGGAUUUUCUCUACCAGGCCAUCCACUCGCGCUCCGACAACCAGGUGCUUGUUGAGGGCAAUGUUUUCCGCGGGAACACGCGCGAGGCGCUCAGCACGUACGGGCUCGUUAUUCCUGACGACUCGCCGAACACGUGUACGUGUGGUGAUGAGGAGUUGGAUGGGUUUGCCAACCUCGGGGCUCCCAACGACUGGGGCAAGGCUGGUGUCAACAUCACACAGAAGGGUGACUUCUAUAAGGCACCUUACAAGUUCAAGCUCACCCCAUUGCCACUUGUAGCCCCUAUCGUCAAGAUUGGCGCUGGUGUUGGAAGAGUAUAG